AUGGGUUAAUAACUUAGACUGAUACUGAUUUUGUUAAUCAUAUUCGAAAAAAGUCUAAUCAGGGUAGAGGCUAAAAUUAAUGAAAUGAAGGGAUAACUCAAAAACAUAGGUCUUGAUUUAAAAUUUUUGAGAGGAAAAUCUGUUGAAUAACUAUUUGAGAUAAGAAAAUGGAAAGUGUUGAAAGAAGCACCAUACAAAAAUGUUAAGACCAUUUAUGUACCAUUACAAACGUUAGAAAUAUUUCACGAAUAAGAAAAAGUGGAAGUUUCGCCAAGUGUUUUAAUGAAUUUAGAAGAUUUAAAUGAUCAGGGAGGAGAGGUGAACGAGUUUUUAUUACAAGAAUUAUUUGAGGAAAAAAAAACAGUCUUAUUAAUACAUGGUUAAGCUGGAUCUGGUAAAAGCACUUCAGCAAAAAAACAGAAGAAUUUGUAUGGAAAUUACAUAACAAAAGUUAAAAAAUCAGAAAUCAAGUGCUCAUACCUGUUUAUAUCUCAUUACCUUCUUUAAAAAACCCAGUUUUUCAAGCAGUUGAAGAGGCACUUCGUCAAGAUGAGUAUGGAUCAGACCCACUUGUAAUUUUUACAACAAGAAGUGAAAUUUACAAGCCGUAAUUAUACUGUAUGGUUUUUACCAGAUAAAGAGAAAGAAUUAAAAGAAAUCUAACUACGAAAAUUUAACGAAACAUAAAUGAAGGAAUAUCUAAAAAAAUAUACAAUCUAAACAAUGAAGAUGUUAAUGUUCGAAAUAUAUGAAUGGUAAACAUAGAUUUCAAAUCGAGGAGUCGGUGAUAUUAAUAGGUUUGAUAUUUGUUGGGAAAAAUUCUUCUCAUAAUUUUAGAGAUAAGAAGCAACAAAUGGUGAAAAUCUUUUGAAUGAAGAAUAAAUUUUGGGCAUUUAAUCAUUUUUGAAAGAUGAUGAGUUAAUUGCGUUAAAAAGCACUGAAGCUUUGAGAAGUUUAAGUGUGAAUUUAGAACAACUUAGGAAUGUUGAAAAAUAUGAAAAAAUGAUCAAGAGUAUAAACUUGAAUAAGCUGAUUGAAACCCCUUAUAUGAUGGAAAUUGUGGUUUAAGUGUUGCCGGAUAUGGUGACUAAAGCAGCAGAGAUCAACAAUGUGAAAAAAAAUUUUCUUAAGAAUUUUCCAAAUAUGCGUAAAGUACUUUUGAAAAGUCAAUUUUUUAUUCAAAUUUAUACACAUUAAAAACAAUUUCUAAAUCAGUUAAUUAAUGAAAAUGAAAAGAGAAUUACAAUAAAACUUAAGAAGUUAAUUUAGCAGAUUUGGAAAUCAUUAAGUAUCUUGAAAUCGCUCAAGCAAUUUGGAAUUUACUUGAAGAAAAAUUAACAGCCAUUUAAUUUCAAAAAAGAAGUAAAUGAUCUAAAAACAAUUCCACAAAUAGAUUUACCAUACAUUCAUAUGUUAAAAUAUAAUGCAUUUAAAAAAAUAGCAGUACAAAAGGAAGCAAUUAACAGUAGUUUGUGAUGCACUACAAGAAUACAAUCUAACAAGUUAUGACUUUUAUGAAGAGUUUAUUAAUUUGUAUCAUUUGAAAUAAAUAGAAAAAUUGAAAAACUUAGGAAAAUCCAUAAACACUGAUAGUUUUCUUCACGAUUUAAAAAAAUAUUUAAUUGAGCUUGCAAAAAAUAUGAGUUUUAGGCAAGUCACUUAAGUCUAAUAUUACUAAAAAGGAUUAUUAUUUUAUGAGGAAAACUUUGAGGAAGAAUGGUUGAAUUAAUUCUUUAAUGAUGAUUGUAAGAAUGGGAACUAUAAAAAGGACGUAAGGAGUUCUUUGAUUAAAUAAAAAGGUCCAUCUAAGAGUUCUUGAUUGCAGAAGAUUUAUACGAAGUGUUGGUGUUAUCUGA